UAAAACAGCCCAGUCAGUUGGAAAACAGCGUCCUAGUAGCUUCUGGAGAGCCAGCCGACCGUUUGUCUUCUCACGGAAUUCAACUUACAGAAAAGAAAAUUCAGGGUUUCUGUUGGUAAAAAGAGGCUGGGUACCUUUCACCUUUUUCCUCAGAUAAAAUAUUCUCCUCAGUUACUGUGUUUGUAUUAUCGCCUAAACACCUGCUUAGUGUCGGUGUUUAGCCGAGAUCAGCUAAAUUGUGGCUGCCUCAGCGCUGUAUGUGCGGUAACAACAUGUCAGCGCCUUUACCUGCCAUCGUGCCUGCUGCCCGGAAAGCCACUGCGGCGGUCAUUUUUCUGCAUGGCCUUGGUGAUACUGGACAUGGAUGGGCAGAGGCAUUUGAAGGCAUUAGAAUACCUCAUGUGAAAUACAUCUGUCCACAUGCUCCUACAAUGCCGGUUUCUCUGAACAUGAGGAUGUCCAUGCCUGCAUGGUUUGAUAUCUAUGGGUUGAGUCCAGAGGCCGAAGAAGACGAGGCUGGUAUCAAGAGAGCCUCUGAAAACGUUAAAGCUAUAAUAGAUCAAGAAGUGAGGAAUGGGAUACCUUCACACAGAAUUCUCCUGGGUGGGUUUUCGCAGGGUGGAGCCUUGUCUCUGUACACGGCUCUGACGUCUCAGCAGAAGCUUGCCGGUGUGGUCGCGCUGAGCUGUUGGCUUCCCCUCCGUAAAUCCUUCCCUCAGGCGGCUGCUAACAGUGCUAACAAGGACAUGCAUGUCCUCCAGUGCCACGGGGAUUCCGAUCCCCUCGUCCCGUUUGUGUUCGGAGUCCAGACGGCGGAGAAGAUGAAGAGCCUCAUCAACCCGGCCAACGUCACCUUUAAACCGUACCGCGGUCUACCUCACAGUGCCUGUCCAGAGGAAAUGAUCGACGUCAAGCGGUUCAUAGAGAAGCGGCUUCCCGCCCUCAGCGACGAACCCAGUGAUACCGGGAGUGGCCUGUUAGACUGCAGAACGGCCUGACUGAGACAAUGCUGCAGCUCCGCUCAGUGUUACUGUAGAGGAGCGUUAGCUGCUUGAUCGCAAAGCAUGUUGCCACUGAGACGAGCCAUUUUUGCAGGAACUGUAUGUAUUAUAAUGACUAGGGCUAAACUUUUAAGUUUAAUACUGACACUCACAAUAAAUGGCCUGUUGUAAAAAAAAAAAAAGAAGCUUUUGUAAUUCAGAUAAGUGUAAAUAUGAGCGACAUCCCUUUGGCUACAGGAGUUUCUUUAGCAAAAUUGCCGUUUUGUAGAGACGCAGUGAUCAGGCAUUUUCUGGAUGGUACAGAUUUUCCUUCCAAUUUUAUUUCUUAUCUGUUCUCAAGACUGCAGCAAAUGAUAGUAAAAAUAUGUUGCAUUUUCCUUGACA